AUGUCCGUCCAUGAGUUCAGCUUUAUAUCCGCUAAGGCUGCUGGUGGUGGAUUUAGCACAGCACUUGUCACGCGACAUCACACAAAAGGUUAUGAGAAAAAACGAAAUCUGAUCCUUGCGAAGUUCAGUGAAGGCUGUAAUGCAGGUCCAGGCCAGUCCAAAGGAAGCCCUGCACUCGAGCACAUCGUCAACAUCAGCGGCGCCUUACUCGCGAUGAGGGCAGGUUUCAUUCGGAUCGAUCAUGUGUUAGCCUACGAAGAAGGUAUCAGUGGUAGCGAUACUAGCGAUUUUCCAUUUUAUGCUGAAGAAAAUAUAGAUGAAGACGAAGAUAUCAUUGUCCGGUACGGUCAACAGUCCAGUAAGGAAGACCAAUUUCGAACGGAAGGAGAACAGAGAAGAGUACAGAGAAUGAGAGGAAAGAGGAAAACAGAAGCGAGACAGUUUGUACAGUUUCUCGCUAGGAUGCAGCCGAAUUCGACAGCAGCUAAGGGAGCUGUUAAGAGAGGUGUUGUUUUGGUUCUAGACGAGCCACCACAGAAGCGUAUGCGAAUGAAGAUCUCGAGUUAUAACAACAUCAACUCCCUAGGAAAUUUGUCGAGUAUUUGAUCCGACUCUCUUAACUUCAACUCCC